AUGCUAGCCGGUGUUAAGGCAUACGAGCUCCGUACCAAGGAUAAAGAAGAACUCACUGCUAAGCUCGCAGAUCUUAAGCAGGAGCUUCUAUCUCUGCGUGUGCAAAAGAUUUCCAAUGGAAACUCACCCAAGCAUGCCAGAAUUGGUAGUGUUCGCAAGUCGAUUGCCCGUGUUCUCACGGUCAUGAAUCAGACCCAGCUUGCUCAACUGCGUCUGUUUUACAAGGACAGAAAGUACCUUCCACUGUUCCUCCGACCCAAGCAGACUCGUGCUAUUCGUCGUCGCUUGACUGCCGAAGAGCUUUCUCUCAAGACAGUUCGCCAGAAGAAGAAGGAUGCUCACUUUCCCCUUCGCAAGUAUGCUGUCAAGGCAUAA